UGUCCCGGCAGAAGGCCAAUCGCUAUUUGCCUUAUGCAUUACAUGCUCGAAGUCUGAGCUAUCUCAACAGACGUCCAAUGCAUUGACUGGAUACCCUGCCGUGCCCAAGCCCUGACCCAUGUACGGAGGAUAUGGCCGUGGCAUGUAUGGCGGAUAUGGCGGGGGUAUGUACGGGGGCUAUGGUGGAGGCAUGUAUGGCGGCGGCAUGUAUGGAGGCAUGGGAAUGGGCGCUGGCAUGGGAAGCAGCUAUGCCGAAAGCAUGUUCCGCAUGACUCAAAUGCUGGAGAUGAACAGCAUCAUGUUGGAGCAGCUCCAGGAGCACGUCACGAUGACAUUCUACAGGCUUCGAGAUGUGGUUGAAUGGGUGUGGGCCCUGAAGAGCUCGUCUGCAAAAGAGAAAGAACAGUUGACAGAGGAAUCUGAUCCCAACAAGAGAUAUGUAUCCAAAGAGGCAAGGGAUGUGGAGAUGGACAGAAUCAGACGAAGAUGCAAAGCCCUUUUGGCUUUAUUCGGCCUGUUUCUGUUUUUAAUUUUUCGGGACAAUCGGCGGCAGAAGCGGCGUUUGCUCGAUGAGACCAACUGGCUUCAGAUCACACAAAGUAUAGCGCGCCCAGCAUCAUCUGCCAUGGCAGCCGCAUCUGCAGCAAUGAGCAACAUGGGCAUGUCAAAUCCUGGGAUGGCCAACCCUUCAGCGAACAUCAUGAGUUCUAUGCAGGGGAUGAUGCCGUAUGGAAGCAUGUGAGAGUAUCCGCGCACUUGUCCCAAGUCAAUAUCUUCUUUGCCAGAUACAGAUGGCAUGAAGCUGUCUUUGCAGAUGAGAAACAGUUGGCCUUCUAUCCAGCACCUGUACAUAUCUCGCAGCUUGAGAAAGUUAGCCAGCUAGCUGUGCAUUGCUUGCGAGGGCUUGCGUUGAGCACAACAGCUCCAACAUGUCCAAGCUUGAUGCACCACUGUACCUGUCGU